GCCGCGGUGCGCGCGCGAAUCGCUGUCACAGCGAAACGUCAACCCGCGUAGAAAAUUGUCAAUGACCAGUUGAAUCUAUAUUAACAAGUAAUUCUUAAAUUCUGUAGCUACAUAUUAAUUAAUUAAUAUUUGUACAUAAAUAAAUGUGGUUGCUAUAAUUAUAAUAAUCUGAAUUGUGUGAAUAAUAAAAAUGGAAGUGGCACAAGCACCUCUACAACUUACGCAAACAGAACAUCCGGACAGCAGAAUAGCUGGAGUUUUAAAAUAUUUUACAGGCGAAGAAAGUACAUCACCACUUCGCUGGUCACCACCUACAUCCGCUGCAUUGGUAGCUGCCGCUUUAGCACCGCCGGCGCUAAGGCCAUGGCUACCUGAUCCUCCUACAAAGAAGACCAAUCACUUGGGUUUAGUCUGCGUUGUGUGCGGCGAUACGAGCUCUGGAAAGCACUACGGCAUCCUCGCGUGCAACGGAUGCAGCGGCUUCUUCAAGAGGUCCGUCAGACGGAAACUCAUUUACAGAUGCCAAGCGGGAACCGGCCGCUGUGUGGUGGACAAAGCACAUAGAAACCAGUGCCAAGCUUGCAGACUGAAGAAGUGUCUUGCAAUGGGAAUGAAUAAAGAUGCUGUUCAAAACGAGCGUCAACCACGCAACACAGCCACCAUCAGACCUGAGACCCUGAGAGACAUGGACCAGGAGAGAGCUCUGCGUGAAGCUGCCGUCGCUGUCGGUGUUUUUGGCCCUCCAGUAUCGCUGGCAAUGGCACUCUCACCAGCGCGGUACCCACUGCUAUCACCCCAUUACCCAGCCUUGCCCCCACCGCCGCCUAUUCAGCCAGACUCCGUUCAUGACACUCAUGAUGAAGGGAAUGCUCACUCUGAUAGUGAUGAUGACAGCAUCGAUGUGACAAAUGAAGAGGAAUCCACAUCAUACUCACCCCCCGCUAUAAGCUACCCACAGAAUUGCAUGCCUUAUGGUGCGUUGGGCGUAGAGAGCGCUGCGGAGACGGCAGCUCGUCUGUUAUUCAUGGCUGUUAAGUGGGCGAAGAACUUGCCGUCAUUCGCCAGUCUCUCAUUCAGAGAUCAGGUUAUUUUAUUAGAAGAAGCGUGGUCCGAGUUGUUUCUUCUAAACGCCAUACAAUGGUGUCUGCCUUUGGACGCGGCUGCUGCAGCCUUAUUUGGGACAGAACAGACCGACCAAGACAGCGGUAUUAGUUCAUCAACCCGUCGUCGCUUGAGGGAAGUGCUAUGUCGGUACCGCGCUGUUCUCUUGGACCCAGCCGAAUUCGCAUGUAUGAAGGCUAUUGUGCUUUUCAAAUGCGAAACACGAGGUCUCAAAGACCCUUUACAAAUCGAGAACCUCCAAGACCAGGCCCAAGUGAUGCUAAUGUCUCACACGCGAAAUGCUCAUGGAGCUGCCCCUGCCCGUUUCGGCAGACUCCUGUUACUCCUGCCUCUUCUGAGAACUGUCACUCCUAUGCAGUUGGAAAGGGAGUUCUUCUCUAAGACCAUUGGCCAGACGCCAAUGGAGAAGGUUUUGGCGGAUAUGUAUAAGAAUUAGGCUUUUACGGUCCUGCAGGGUUACCCUGUAAAUAUACAGCGAUGUUACUAAUAUAAUCGUGCUAUGAUCGCUGUAUCGCUCUUUGUUGUAUUCUGUAGACAAAAACUAAAUUAAAAAUAUUUUUAUUUUAGCCAGGAAUUUAUUUAUUUGUACGUUUUAAUCAGAGCGGAGAAAGUUGUAUAAGAAUUUCGUAAGACGCACUUGCUUAGACAUAUACACUCUAGUCAUUUUAUGAAUGUGUAAAUAUUAUAUAUUAGAUUCAAACGAAUUAAUGGCCUCGUAAGAUAAUAUUUGUAAAUAGUAUGUAACAGUGAGGCGUGAGCACAAAAACUAUCGAAUUUAAA